CGUCGCUCUCGUGGAACAUACGAUAUCGCAACUUUUCAUAACCGGUUGUUAUACCGAUGUGCCGACACGGCAGCGUCGAUGAACAUUUUGCGGCGUACGCUUUAAACCGGCUUCACGUCAGUCGUACUAAUUGUAUCGCGUCUUUUCUUUUUGCAAGAUCAGUCCGACUGAAUCACUAUCGUGAUUUGCGAGUGAAAAUAUAGAAGUUUGCGAGUUUUCUUCAGAAGAUGUUCAAAGUGAAUGGCUAUAUUUAUCUGUGAUCGAAUUGUGAUCUGUUGUUGUGAUCGCGUGUGUCAUGUAGAGAUAAGAAUUCGCUGAAUAAAAUCCGUCAACUUUUUCUUAUUUCUAUUUACAGUUUUCGAAUGCAAAUUUACUGCUGAAUACGCAUCGAGUGUGCUUUGUGAAUGGAAUAAAGAUUCAAUCCUGCUCUAAUACACAUUAUAACAGUGAAUUAAUAUGCCUAUCUUUUUCUAAAUCGUAACUCAUUAUAAUAUAGAAAAAGUAGAUUCGAUUAUCGCUUCGAGUAAUUACGCGUGGAAUGUGAAGUGUGUGUAAAAAUUGUUUGUCGAAUGAUGGUUCAGUGCGAAAUAAUAAAACAAUUUCAGACUUGACUACAAUUGAAAUCAACAAUUGUACGAAAGUCUUUCGUCUUACUUGCUGUACGCGCAAACUGUAAUCGUACCAAAGUUUUACAAUGUCUGAAACUUUAUAGUACGUCGAUGAAAACAUUUUUCCGGCACGAUUUCUGGCAUUAUAAAAUGGUUCGAUGAAUAAUUUGUAAUGCAAAAUAUAUUUUUCCAGUUUUAUCACACCAGUGGAUGAAAAUAUUGCAUUUUACUACAACGGACAUGUCGAGUGCAUCUUGAUACCGGACUUGUAUAGUAAUUCAAAUUUGUUAUCAGUGAUAUUAUUUAUUUGGAAAAUCUUUCGGAAAGAAAGUUUCAACUGUGAUAAAUUUAGACAAACGCACCUUAUUGGUUUCGGUAUGCGAACUACGCAAGCAAUUUUGGAGGAAUUAAUCACUGACUGCGCCUGUGUUCUCGAAAGUGCUGCCAACGCUAAUUGACAUUGAACCAUUCCGGAGGGAAUUUGCUUAUUAUCUGUUUCCCGAACAGAUUGUGCGGAAUCGUCGCGUCAACGCGCGUGAAUUUUCUACACGACCGAGAGCAUUGGACCAAAACGAAGCGAUUUACGGUGCAAAAUGGCCACGUGGUUCAGGAGAGAUAAAUGCGGCAAAUAUGUGAUGCGAAGAUUGCCGGUUCUUAGCUGGCUGCCACGAUACAAACCCACGUGGCUUUUACAAGACGCAUUGGCCGGUAUCACGGUCGGUCUCACUGCCGUACCACAAGGCAUCGCUUAUGGUAUCGUCGCCGGUUUACAUCCCGAGUACGGACUGUACGCAGCAUUUAUGGCAUCAUUUGUAUAUAUCGUUUUCGGUUCUUGCGAAAACAUCACUAUUGGUCCAACAGCGAUUAUGGCCACUAUGGUUCAACCGUUAGUCGAAAAAAACGGUGCUGACAUGGCUGUACUAAUCGCUUUUUUGAAAGGAUGCAUCAUUGCGCUUCUAGGAAUUUUUCAUUUAGGUUUUCUAUUAGACUUCAUAUCGCUUCCGGUAAUCACUGGUUUCACCUCAGCCGCAGCGAUCAACAUAGCUUCUUCUCAGUUUAAGUCGCUUUUGGGCAUUGCCGGUAGGACCGAAAAUUUUCUAGAUUCUCUGAUAGCAAUCUUCAAGAAUCUCCAUCAGAUCCGAUACGAAGAUACUUUGCUGGGCAUUGGAACAAUCAUUGUGUUGGUGCUGCUCAAGAACAUAUCUGGACGACGUACAGGAACAAUUUUUCAAAAAAUAGGAUGGUUUCUUGCUUUAUCUCGUAAUGCAUUGGUUGUAAUUGCAGGCACUAUUAUGGCAUAUAUUUUUUAUAUUUACAAUCUAAAUCCUUUUAAGUUAACGGGAUCGAUGGGUCAAGGUUUACCACCGUUUGCACCUCCGCCAUUCUCUACGACCUUCAACAAUCGCACAUACGACUUUUUAGAAAUGACUACCGCAAUGGGAACAACGCUGUUCACGAUACCAAUUGUGUCGACUAUCGAACACAUAGCCAUCGCAAAGGCAUUUGCAAAGGGCAAAUCCCUGGACGCCACGCAGGAGAUGAUCGCCCUGGGUGUCUGCAAUAUCUUCGGAUCGUUCGUUCGCUCGAUGCCAGUUACGGGAUCUUUCACACGUACGGCCGUCAAUCAUGCGUCAGGUGUCAAAACUCCGUUGGGGGGAAUAUUUACAGGUGGUCUGGUGUUGCUCGCAGUCGGUCUCUUGACCUCCACCUUCCGCUUCAUACCAAAGGCGACGCUGGCCGGCCUCAUCAUAUGUGCUAUGUACUAUAUGCUCGAUUUUUCGACGUACACCUUGCUGUGGCGCGCCAGAAAGGUCGAUUUCAUUGUGAUGAUGUUUACAUUGGUUCCCUGCGUCUUUCUUGGUUUGGAGUACGGUAUUUUAAUUGGCAUCAUUGUCAAUUUUAUAGCAUUGCUGUAUUGUUCAGCGCGACCCUCCAUUCGGACAAAAAUCGAACAGAUCGAAGGGGAAACCGUAAUAGUUGUCAUACCUGAAGAGACGGUAGCCUUUCCAGCGGCAGAAUACCUGCGUGCUAAUAUAAUGAAGCUUUCCGCAGAAAGUGAAUGCAACGUGAUACUUGAUUGUAAGAAUCUAAAGAGGAUGGACGUUACAGUCGCCAAGAAUAUUAAACUUCUGGCGAAAGAUCUUAUGGUACGUGGACAAAGGAUUGUCUGCAUUAAUUACUGUGAAAGUGUGGAUGCUACCUUAAGAAUCGUAGCACCAGAAUUAUUAAACCAAGACAAGGAAAAUGAAAAUAUUCAGGGUUGAAAAUCCUUUUGUUACACGAUAGUUACAAAUCUGAAUGUGUCUGCUUGAGCGUAAGCACCACACAAGUCUAAUAAAUAUAAAUAUAAUGAUUCAUAAUUA